UGAGUAUAUUCUCUGUGUUGGAAAGGUAUCUUAUAGCAACUGAGGAUCUAUUUAGCUAAUUUUAAUUUUAUAUGGCAUUAGCACCUUUAGAAACCUAAUUUUAGGGACAGGCCAAAAAUUUUUCUUGAAGAGAAUUGUGGAAGAGAAGAGCUAAGUUUUUCAGAAGGAAGUUUUCAUCUAACCCUCAAACGCAUGGAUAUUGAUGGCUCUGUACGGGAUCCUGAGAAGAAGGAAUAUUCUUCGGUCCGUGUUGGCAGAGAAGAUGACAUUAAAAAAUCUAAAAGAAUGACAGCUGUUGUCCAUGAUAGAGAAGUGGUCAUUUUCUACCACAAAGGAGAAUAUCAUGCUAUGGAUAUUCGCUGUUAUCAUUCAGGAGGACCUUUACAUUUGGGAGACAUAGAGGAUUUCGAUGGACGACCAUGUAUAGUUUGCCCCUGGCAUAAAUACAAAAUUACUCUGGCAACAGGAGAAGGACUGUAUCAGUCUAUAAACCCUAAAGAUCCAUCAGCAAAACCCAAGUGGUGCUCCAAAGGAGUAAAGCAAAGGAUUCAUACAGUGACGGUGGACAAUGGGAAUAUUUUUGUGACUCUUUCUAAUGAACCUUUUAAUUGUGACUCUGAUUUCUAUAACACUGGAGACUUCAAAGUAAUUCAGAGCUCUUCAUGAUAAAAGUAUAUGGCAGUGAAAAGUGUUGUGUAUGUUUGAAAAUAUUUUUAGAGUAAUUGCUUCAGUACCAAAGAUGAUGAAUUUUUCCCAACAUAGGCACAACUAUUAUUUACCUUUAAUAACCAUAUAAAUUUGAGAGGUUUAAAAGCACAUGUAUGUAGGAUGAUGUAAGGAUUAUCAUCAGGAUCUAUAGAAUACAUUUCAGUCAAUCCUCUGAAUUGACUGGAACCUGAAGGUUAUAGGUUUGGGAUGUCCAAUUUAAGAAGGAUGAAAAUUAUUUGGAGUAACCAAAAUGAAUAAUAGGUAAAAAGUAAGAUUUAGGAGGAAAAAACUUUAAUUGAGGAAAAAAAUCCUUAUUUGAUAUAGCAGAGUUUAUUCUGGAAAAUUUUUAAUAUGUACAAAGUAAACAGAAUAGUAUAAUAAAUCUCCAUCUCUCAACUUAAAGUUAUCAGCAUUCUUUUAUUCUUGUUUUGUUGAUACCUCCAUGGAUUCCCCACCUCCCCAUUUGUUAUUAUUUUUACAUUUUUCAGUAAAAUUUAAAUGCACUGAAAUGCUCAGAUCUUAACUGUACAAUUUUUCCAAAUAUAUAGCAGACUUUUUACACUUAAAAA